GAGGCCUGGAUGCCUUUCUCGGAAUUGCCAGAACUUUCAAAAAUUGCUAUUGCUGGAGUGGACAAUUCGAGUAUUGAAACGUUGGUGGAUGCUCUACCUCUACAGGUUCAACGAAAAGAAUUGGCCGGUCCUUAA